GAAGACAUGGAUGAUGCAGAAGAAGAGGAGGAGGAGGAGGAGGAAGAAGAAGACGAGGAAGAUGACGAUAGCCCAGAAACAGGUAUUUUAUUUAGUUUUCCCAUCUCGCCUUCUCUUUCCUCUUUUCUCCGCACUUCAAUUCCCUCCCGGCUCCUCUCUCUCUCAAACUAACCAAUUAAUCUUUUCUUCUCUCAACCAAACAGAAAAAUCACAUCCUCUUCCUCUCACCGGUCUCAAAGAAAUCUCCUCUCUCGCGAGCUGGACCGUCUCAAGCUGCAAACCAGGCUGCGGCGUCGGGGCACUACGCUCCCCCUCGACAUCAGACUUCUGGCAAUCGGACGGUCCCCAACCGCAUCUGGUCAACAUUCAUUUCUUCAAGCUCGUCUGCAUUGCGCACAUUCGCAUCUAUCUCGACUUUGACGCCGACGAGUCCUACACGCCCACCAAGAUGCAAUUGCUUGCGGGCACCGGACCCCACGAUUUGCAGGAGUUCAUCCAGCUCAGCUUCGAGCAGCCCCGAGGAUGGAUCGAUGUCGAUUUAACCGGUGUUGGCGGUAGAGACUCUACCGCCGGAGGAACAGGACGACACCAGCCUCCUCCAGCUGCACCGGUCACGGAUCCAGCGACGGGCGCGACAGAAGACGCAUCUGCUGCCGCCGCCGCCCGGCUCGGCGCCGAUGGCAACGUUUUGCGCGCUUUCCUCUUACAAUUACGCAUCACCGAGAACCAUCAAAACGGCAAAGACACCCAUCUGCGCGGCCUACAGAUUUUUGCGCGCGAUCAUAGCACCGACACGGUGCACGACUUGGAAUUAGAUAACCAGGUCCAUGCCAGUGGUCAUCGUAGUGCCCGCCGUCGUGUUCGUCGUGGUAGUCAAGGAAUUAAUUCAAGCGAUUCCGGCGAGGUCACCUCUGGCGAUGAGAACGACAAUGACGACGAUGAGAAUGCAAGCAAUGCCACGAGCGACACCAGCGGUAGCCCUGUCAAAACGCCCGACUGGACAAAACCUCCUCUCCGAAAGAAUAUGCAUCGCAGCGGCAGCGGCAGCGGCGGUGGCGGUGGCGGUGGAAGCACAAGUCGAUUCAAAGAAGAAGAUAUGAACGAUUUUGAUGACGAUGAUGAUGCCCAGGGCGGUGCUCCUGGCUCUGGUCCAGCUUCCGUUCCAAGAGCCCGCAGACAAAGACACAGACCUUUACCCCUGCCCUUGACAGCGGGGUUGGAAGAGCCCGAGUGGAUGCGGGAGCCGGAGUUGCGGUGAUUUUCUUUUCCCUUUUUCUUUUUCUUUUUCUUUUCCUUUUCAUCAUUUUAAAUAUCAAGAAAAAAAGAAAGGAGGAAAGAAAAAAGACGCCCCCUUGUUUGAGAAAAAGAGGGCGCGGGCGUGGUCGCGGGCGUUGAGGCUCUUCUGUUUCAUAAGAUUUUCCCCCUCUUUUCCAGGGUUACCAUACUUCUUCGGCGCAACAUAAGGGGCAUAGAACUAUGGCAUGUGGGAUGGAGUUCCUAGUGGCUUUAUUAUUUUGAUAUGGGAUUUUCUUCUUCUUUUCAGAGUACAAAGGUAGACUAUAUGACUACGGAGCAAGGUAGCCUUUACAACUAAUGAGUAAGGUAGACUUAUAAGACAAUGG